CCCUCGUUGUGUACUGAUAGAUAUGUUUGUCGUUCAGAGAGUCGAAGUUUUGCGGUUGCUGCAGACAUCUCUUUCUGUCGAGGGCGGACGCAAAGAGAGGCACUUGUUCCGAGGGUGAAUCUACGUUCAAGGAAAAGCUUCUUGUAAACAUGAUGCUUCGUAGUUGCAUCAGUAGCUAAGCAGGAGAAGUAGACUUCCGACUCACUCUUGGCUGAACCUGCACGAUGUCCCCUCCCUCGAGGAAACCGGCAACAUCGCUCCUGCCUUUCGUUGGUGUCUGCUUGUCACUCAGCACGGCGGUUUACCACGCGAAAGCGCACGGUCUGCUCAGCAGCGGGUCCUCGGCCAAGAAGGACGAUGAUGUUCCUGUGACGAAAAUAAAUUGGCCGCGCGUGGAAACUGGCUCUUCGUCCGUGCACCUUGGCGUUGGUGACAAGUUGUCCGUGACGCUGUGGGGCAACCCGGUAACUGGAAGGCGAUGGGUGCGUGCGAAUGCGGACGACAAUGCCUGCGUAUCGAGCAAGGGACCCACCUUCAAAGAGGACGCUCCCCAAGAACCGAGCCUCGGCGGGACUUGGACCUUCGUUUUUACCACGGACAAGUGCUGCGAAACUACGGUGGAGUUCAACUACGAGGAGGAAGACCGCGAGGUGUCCGCGGAGCUGGGCACGAAAGACGCAACUUACAGCGUGGAGGUCAAAAUUCGGCCGAGCCCGGCUUCAUUGAAAUUUGGUGACGGCUGCAGUUUGGAAAACAAGGACGACGGCGAAGAUGACUCCUGGUUUGUGUAGUUUCACGUCAUUUUGUAGUUCCAAAUUAGUGCGAGUUUGACUGUACUGAUCAAAGUCGCAGCAGCACUGGCAGGAACACCUUGCAAUAGCGCAGCCUUGUUUUGCAUCUUUUGCUCGCACUGCACCCAGAGAGGGCGCGCAUAAGCGGAU